AUGUAUGACGCGAUAGUGAAGAUCAUUUGGGCACUGUUGGCUAUUACCUUGAUGCUGACCCAGACCCACGCACAAUCUGUGUCCGAGGAUGACUGCGCGACGGGAGUUCAUGCCAUCAUUACCAGGGGACAAGGCGGAGGCGAUGAUCUGAAUGUGCUGAUCACUCUUUCAGACUUGAUCCUGAAGCAAAUUCCCGGCUCGACAACCAUCGGCUUACCCUACGAUCACGAAAACGUGUUGAACGACACUGCGAAGAUGCACACAGUUCACGACGGUGCGGUCCUAAUGCAACAAUUUGUGCAGGAGUACGUCGAAAGCUGUCCCAGCACUAAGAUUGUGGUGGUGGGAUAUUCAAUGGGAGCAGUGCUCAUGAUGGAUUCUCUAUGUGGAACCAGUGAGAUUGGAUUCUUCUUCGUCGCUCCUCUGGCUCCGUUCUAUAACUCGAUCAUCAUAGCUGCAAUUUCAUAUGGUGAUAUAACCUACGUUCCUGGCAUGCCGUGGAAUGUGGGUAAUUGCACGAUGGGUAUAGGCCUUCUUCCCCGUAUAAAUUCGGCCUUGUGCAGACCCUUUGCUAGCUCAAUACAUAGCUAUUGUGAUUACGGUGAUGCCCAAUGCUGCUCGCCAUACCCAGAAGACGGCAAUGCCGCACACCACGGCUAUGUAUCGAAGUACAAUCAGGACGUCGUGGAUUUUGUUAAAAGCCGUCUAGCAAUGACUGAGCAGUAA